AUGAAUACAACAAAUAAUCAAAAGAAAUUAUUGCUUGAGUGGAUGAAAUUACAUCCCGAGGUAGCAAAAGGAAGAUUGCGACGGAAAGGUGAAAGUAAAACAGAAAUGAAAAAGCUAUUGGAAGAUAUGGCUAAUGUAAUAAAUACAGCCAAUGAAGGUCCCAUUAAAUCCAGUUCCGAAUGGUUAAAGACAUGGAAGGAUUGGAAAAUGAAUGUUUUAAAAAAAGAAUCAAAAAGAAGAAACUAUUGUCAAGGAACAGGUGGAGGAUCUCCAGUAAAAAUAAAUUUUUCACCGCUAGAAGAAGAGUUAUUAGAUUUUUUAACUCCAGAAGCAGCGGGUUUAGAAAAUAUUCCACAAGGAGGAGUCAGUUUUUUGCAAGAUCAUUCAAAUAAUUCUCAAGAAAUAUUUUCUGAUGAAAACACAAUGCAAAAAACAGAAAUACAUUUUGAUGAAACUGAAAAUAAUCUUCCAUUGAAAAAAAAAUUAUGUAAAGGGAGUACGGCUUUAAAUAAUUUGAAUGAUUCAAAUACGAAAUCGAUGUCUAUCAAAAUGAUUGAUAUUCAAGAAAAAAAAAUAGCGUUGAAAAAAGAACAAUUAAAUAUUCAACGACAAUUUUUGGAAGUACAACGAUCUACAUUAAUUGAAAUACAAAAAUAA